AUGAUGCAGCGACCACCAUCCCCCAUGAUUGCCAGUGCUCGAAGAAAUCGCAGUAUUCAUGCCAGAAACAUUCCAUGUCCAUUUCCAGGCUGUAGGCAGAAGUUCCGGGCGACAUCAGGCCUCACGCAGCACAUCCAGCACAAGCACAAGGACCAUGGCCAAUCUGUGGAGAUCCAUAGCUCAUCAUCCGAGAGCACCAACCCCAGUGCUGUGCCUCAGUCUGGUAAUGAUGACCCUUCAGAGAUCAGAGAAUCAGAUAGCUGGCAGGAUAGCUUCCGAUUUAUUCCAGACCCUGAGGGAUUGGAAUCAGAGAAUGAAGACCCACCCAUGAGUAGAGACUCUCAGCAAGACUCAGGCCGUCCUUGUGACCAGUCUGGAGCUUUUCUGGAACCAGGGAGCCCACCAGUCACCCAUAAAACAAGAGGAUCAAAUGACUGGACACCAUUUCAGAGUGCAGUUGAAUUCGAGACUGCUGAUUUCUUGUUCCGCCGCAACCAGAUGCCACAAGACCAGAUUGAUGACCUCAUGAAAUUAUGGGGAGCCACAUUACGCAAAUAUCACGACCUCCCUCCCUUCAUCAAUCAUGUAGACAUGUUGAAGAAAAUUGACUCUUCUGUCCUUGGAGACGUUGCUUGGAAGUCUUUUGAUGUCACAUAUCAAGGAGAGAGACCAGCUCACAAUACCCCGGAGUGGAUGGACUCUGACUAUACUGUGUGGUAUCGAGAUCCUUAUGAAGUAGUGACACGCCUCCUGGAUAAUCCAGACUUUGCAGGGGAGUUUGAUUAUGCCGUAUAUCAGGAUUUCGAUCAGGACCAGGGACGAAGGUACAAGGAUUUUAUGUCUGGUGACUGGGCAUGGAAGCAGUGUGUGACUGGGCAUGGAAGCAACUGUGAUGCUGAUGGUGCUACCUUUGUCCCUAUCAUCCUGGGCAGUGACAAGACCACAGUAUCUGUUGCCACUGGUCAAAAUGAAUACUAUCCACUCUAUAUGUCAAUUGGAAAUAUCCACAAUAAUGUACGCCGGGCUCAUCGUGAUGGUGUGGUGUUGAUUGGGUUUCUUGCUAUUGCCAAGACGGAUAGGCAGUAUGCAAAUGACAACAAGUUCCGCAAAUUCCGGCGACAACUAUUUCAUUCAUCUCUUUCCACCAUUCUUCAACCACUACCCAAUGGCAUGACAGUGCCAGAGAUAAUGCGGUAUCCUGAUGGCCACUUCCGGUGUACCAUUUUUGGGCUUGGACCUUACAUUGCCGAUUAUCCAGAGCAAGCAUUGCUGGCAUGCAUUGUGAAUAACUGGUGCCCCAAGUGCACUGCUCAUCCCAGUGAUCUUGAUACUCCAGCCUCACCACGUUCACGGGAACAGUCUGAUGAUAUUGCAGAGAAUUACGAGCUUGGUGAUGCCUGGGAAAUCUAUGGACUUGUUGCCGACAUUGUUCCGUUUACCAAUGACUUUCCCCGUGCGGACAUUCAUGAGCUUCUUGCACCUGAUAUCCUGCAUCAAAUCAUCAAAGGUUCAUUCAAAGACCAUCUGGUGACAUGGGUAGAGACAUAUCUAGUGAAGGCACAUGGCCAGGCAAAGGCAAACACAAUCCUUGCUGAUAUAGACCGUCGUAUUUCAGCAGUACCCCCUUUUCCAGGUCUACGCCGGUUUCCCCAAGGCCGCGGAUUUAAGCAAUGGACCGGUGAUGACUCUAAAGCACUCAUGAAAGUUUAUCUCCCUGCAAUUGCCGGACAUGUCCCUGAGAAAAUGGUCAAAGCAAUCAGUGCCUUCCUGGACUUUUGCUAUCUAUGCAGGAGGAAUGUGCAUAAUGAGAAGACAUUGCAAGAACUUGAAGAUGCACUAUGUCGAUUCCAUGAAUAUCGAGUCAUCUUUCAGGAACUGGGAGUUCGUGAAGGCUUUUCACUUCAUCGACAGCAUGCACUCUCACAUUACAAGUCACUCAUCUGCUUAUUUGGAGCCCCAAAUGGUUUAUGUUCGUCAAUCACGGAGUCCAAGCAUAUCAAAGCUGUGAAAGAGCCUUGGCGACGAUCCAACCAUUUUGAAGCUAUCAUGCAAAUGAUGGUGACCAACCAAAGGCUAGACAAGCUUUCAGCCAUGCGAGUAAACUUCAUAGCACGUGGGAUGUUAGCAGAUUCAGCUCCAGCACUAUUGAACCCCUCUAGAGAUGCUGAUGAUGAUGAUGAUGAUGGUGAAGUCGAUGGGCCCAGUGUCCUAGCAUAUGUUAAUCUUGCUCGCAAGCCAGAUCUUGGGAAGCAUAUUCAGUACCAGCAACUGCCAAAACUGGUGUUAAAUUUCCUCAAUGAUGUGAUGAAUUUACGCACCUCAGGCAGUCCAGUAACACUGGAUGACUUGGAAGGCAUUCAAUCUCUUUCCACCUUCCAUUCAGCUGUUUCAGUCUAUUAUGCCCCAAGUGAUCCAUGCGGUGCUGGUGGUAUGCACAAGGAACGUAUUCGAGCUUCACCAAGUUGGAGAAAAGGCCAUCCGCGGUAUGAUUGUGCAUUUGUACAGUCUGAUACAGGCCUUGAAGGUUUUGCUGGACUUCAAGCUGUCCGUAUUCGUCUCUUCUUCUCCUUCAAGUUUAGGGGAGUCACAUAUCCUUGUGCUCUGGUGAACUGGUUUUCUCCGGUCAUGGAUUUCCCUGAUCCGGAGACAGGAAUGUGGAUUGUGACACCUGUUCUGGAUAACCGGAGGCGACCUAUUGUAUCCGUCAUACAUCUUAACUGUGUUGUCCGGGGGGCACAUCUGAUUGGAGUCACAGGAAAGAAGAACCUGCCUGUUGGUUUUCACUUCUCAGAUUCUCUUGACGCCUUCCAGUCAUUUUAUGUGAACAAAUAUGCUGACCAUCAUGCUUUUGAGAUAGCAUAUUGA